GCUGUCAUCAUGACAUACGUCAACGUCAGGAUUUUUGGGUUAGGUCAGAUUUGUCCAUCCAAAUUUAUAAAUUUCAUUUAACAAUUUAAAAAACAGAAAUGAGUGAUUGUAGUAGCGAUGAAAAUGAGAAUGACACUAUUUUAUACAGGGAUAGACCAGAAUGGAAAGACGUGACCCCAUUGAAGCAGGACGAUGGCGAUGAACCAGUUGUGGCCAUAGAUUAUACAGAAGCUUUUGAGGACUGCUAUGACUAUUUUCGUGCCAUUCUGAAAAAGAAGGAAAUCUCAGAACGCGCUUUAGAGCUAACAAAAACUGCAGCCCAGUUGAAUUCUGCAAAUUACACUGUUUGGCAGUACAGGAGAGAGAUCCUGAAAGGAUUAGGGAAGGACUUGAAUGAAGAGCUGGAUUAUAUCCAGAAGGUGAUUUUGAAACACUCCAAAAAUUAUCAAGUAUGGCACCACAGAAGAAUCAUAGUAGAAUGGCUGCAGGAUGCAUCAAAAGAAAAGUACCUCACUGAAACUGUUUUAGCAAAAGAUGCUAAAAAUUACCAUGCGUGGCAGCAUAGACAAUGGGUCAUUAGAACCUUCAAAUUGUUUGAUGGUGAGCUGGAAUAUGUUGACACUCUGAUCUCAGAUGAUGUGAGAAAUAAUUCAGCUUGGAAUCAAAGGUACUUUGUCAUAAAUAAUACCACUGGAUUCACAGAUGAAGUUUUGGAUAGAGAAAUUGACUAUACUCUGAACCAUAUAAAAACAGUUACAGAAAAUGAAAGUGCUUGGAACUACCUUCGAGGUCUACUGCUUCAUGGCAAAGAAGGUCUGAGUAACAAUAAAAAAGUGACAGAUUUCUGUGAGGAGUUAUACAAGUCUGGCAAUAGAUCACCAUUUUCAUUAGCUGUAAUUGUUGAUAUGUGCUUUGAACAAUUAAAUGAAGGAGGUGGAGAUUCAAGAUACACCCCACAACGAGCAAAGGAAUUGUGUGAGGAAUUGAUAAAUAAGUAUGAUAUAAUCAGGGCAAAUUACUGGAAGCAUAUGAUAGAAAUGAUUGAUAAAACCAUGAAAGAUGAAAACAUCGAAAGUAGUAAUUAAGGUAGUCAUAAAAAUGUAUGCAAGUGUUCAAUUCAAUAGUAAUUUUGUUUACAACCACACAUAAUUAAUGCACAAUACUUAGCUGACUUUCAUCUUUUCCAAUUAUGUAUUUCCAACCUCCUUUUAGUCUCAAGUCAGGUUAAAAUUAAAUGUUGAACAAAACUGCUGUGGUUUCUUUAAAAAAAGUCUGUAUUCAAACAAUAAAAACAUCAGUUUGCUUGAUAGUGUGGUUGUAGGCAGAGUAAAACAUGCUUCAGGUACAUAAAUAUUGAAUAUUAUAUGUGUAAUCUUGAAAACCAUUUGUCAAAGAACGAAUCGUAUAAUAUCUGCAUUUAAUUUUUUAUAGAUUAUUUUGCUAGAAAUAAUUUUCUUGAAUACUAUAUUUGAGGGAUUGUAAGAAAAAGAUCAGUUGAUUUUAUGUAGUAUCUGUAAUUUUUCUUGUUUCUCAGGUUUUAUAUGCUGCUAGUGGAAUUAGUUAGAAUUUUACGUCACAGCUUUAUAUUGAGUAAACAUUAUAUAAAUCCAAAAUUCAUAGUGUUAGAAGCUAUCGUUUUUUGCAGAGGCAUACAAAUCAAUCUUGUAUGGAUUCAAAUAUACCCUGAGGUUUCAUUGAGAGUGAUAUUUGUUUUGCACGACGUACUUAUGGAAGAUAUAUUAGAAUCGACUUAAGCCACACUGCAAAUACAUUUUUUGUUAAUAUGCGUUUUUAGGCUUUCAGCAUGUUAUUCGUUUAUCAUAUCUUAUAUAUGUGUAGCACAAAUUAAGUAAAUACUUUCUUGCUGUUGGUGUCUAUGGCAUUUUAAGACUAUGGUUGAAACAGUGUUCAAUGUGGGUGAUAUUGUGUAUAACAAAGAUAAUUGAUAUGGAAAAGCAUUCCAGUGUUCAACUUGUGGAUUGUGAUUAAACUUCAAUUAAUUCUUUGAUGGUCUUUUGUGUCUUUACCUUUAUAAUCACAUAUUACCAGGAUGAGGCGCCUCAUUGGUU